CUGGAGAGCUGGUUUGAAAUUCCGAUCUGAACAUAGCUAUCAAUACACUGUUUGAUGCCAACUGGAUUACGUUUUGCAAUGAACCGGAAAAGCCAUAUUGGAGUUCAACGUCGGCCAAAGCAGGUUCUCAGUUGCAUAAAGUCGCGUCGUAUUCUGAUAAAAAUUUGUCGUGACUUACAGUUAGUGCAACUGGUUUUAAGGUUAACUAUUGUACAAUUGUGCUGAGUGUUACUAAUACUAAACAAUCAGCGCAAAAAAUGACUAAGUUUUAUUUGCUCAUUUUAUUCAGUCUAUUUAAGACGACUUUUGGCGUACAACUGCCUGCCUAUAUAGAGAAAUGCCAUUUCGGUGACUCAAAAUGUUUGGUGAGAAGCAUCAACGAUUUUGUGCGUAAUUAUCCCAAGAAUGCAGCUGAGAUUGGGUUGCCAACGCUGGAUGCAAUCAAUGUGAAAGACGUUUCGGUUCCCGAAAAGCCAAAUGAUGCACCAAUUUAUCUCAGCUUUUACUUCACAAACAAUGUGUACAAGGGCUUCAACAAUGCCACAAUUACUCACGUGACGGGCUUCAACAAAAAUCCAACUAAAGAUCAAAUUGAAAUUCAGGCACGCAUACCAAGUUUGGUGCAUGAGGCAACCUAUCAUAUGCAGGGGCGCUACCUGUUGUUUGUUGCUAAUACAACGGACAAAUUGCUUUCGGAUUAUCAGAAUUUACAACUGACGAUUACGAUUAAGAUCACACUGGAAUACCGCAACAACAAGCGCUACUUAAAAAUCUAUGAAUUGGUGCCAAAAGCCGAUCUAGAUCGCUGGAUCGUUUGGAUGGAUAAUUUGUAUAGAGAAAAUACGGAUCUUACAAUUGCCCUAAAUCAUAUUAUGAACGAACACUGGGUAGAGUUUUGGAAUGGCGUUGAGCCCACUAUUCUUAAGAACAUUGCCACAUGCCUUGAGGGCAUGCUAAGCAAGUUCUUUGAAACAGUGUCCUACGACGACAUGUUUUUACCAGUCGAAAUUUGGAAUGAAUCGUCAGAUUAUUAAAUAUAAAUAUAGUAUUCAAAUUUCAGUCUCUGAUCGAUUGGAAACUGAAACCAGAGGCAGCUAAAAUUACAUUAGAAACUGGAAUCUUUUUCUUUAUUUACUGACUUGACUGAAUUUUUUUUUUAUUUUCUUAGCGGGGCUUUUUGAUGAAUAUACUAAAAUAAAUGUAAC